CCAAUCAGAACGCUGUCUUCAGACAGCGCCAUAUAAAUGGAGCCACCUCUCCCCAGAGAGGCCAGUCACCACUCAGAGGCCUCCCAGGGCCACCUCCUCCUGGAUAAGCCAAUGCCAUUGCCCCCCAUUGUCCCCAAGGCAGAAGAAGGGGGCUCUUCUGCCUGUGGUGCUCUGGGGGAAGAGCCAAGCCCAUGGUCACCCAGCUUAGAGCUCCAACCGCGCCAACAGCCAAGCUAUGCCGCCGUCGUUCGGGAAUCCCUGAGAGUCUCCGGCAGCACCCUGGCCAACCCGCGCAGCAGGCAGAGCCUGGUUCAUAGCAUGCUCUAUCCCAGACUGAAGGACCAGAGCAGCAGCAGCCUGGGGAGCAGCGGCUACGCAGGGGAUGAGGAGAGCAGCAGCACCAGCCUGGUGCGCGGCCGUCGAAUCAAGCGGUUGACCAGAAGGCUCAACACCCAGGUGGGCAGUACUCAGAGCAGUCAGUUGAGCGCUGUGAUCACUCCUGGGCCACCACAGAGCCCACUGUGCAGGAAAAGCUCAGGCCAAGGCCCCAGCACCAAGCAAGCUGGAGGGGAAGAGCAAAACCAGCCUGCCGGGCAGCAGUAGCAGCAGCCUGAGCAGCAUCGGCUCCCUCAGCCCGGGCAGCAGCUUCCUGACCUACCAGGUGAGCAGCAGUGGGCUGCUCAGCACCUCGGCCAGCCAGGCCUCCAGCCAGCCCAGCAGCAGCCAGGGCCUCUGCACCAGUGGUGGCGGGCAAAGCACACUGAGCAGCAGCACCAACCUCCAGGAGGACAAGCCCAGGGCCAGCGGGACGGACAGCAGUGAGGCGUCCCAGGGCCAGCAGCCUGCCCAGGCACACGGGCCUUUAUAGACCCCAGCCCUGGGGUCCCCACCAGGAGCCGCAGGCACAAGGGCCCUAAGAUCCACGCUCCGCCCACAGAAGUUGCCAACACUGGCCUUCAAAACCGUGACCACGGCAAAGCCUUCGAGGGAGAGCCCUCCCUACGCACAGCGGCCAUCCGCAGGCAGUGCUCCUGCGGCCGGACAGCAGUGCCGAGCGUCCAUGCCAAAGGCCUGUGCCCAAGGGCAAGGCCACCUCUCGGAGCACUGCUGCCAGUGACAAGAGCGGUAGCAAGACCCAUCCAAGCUGGGGGAAGAAGGCCACCAGCAGUCACAACAGCCAGUACUGCGAGCCUCGUGAUGGAGCCAGGCACGUCUGCAGGGGGCACCACAGUGGCAGGGCCAACGGAGCCGAACCCAUCAACCCACCACCAGAAGGUGAAACGAUCAGAGGGUGGAACACUUUGUAGUGAAAACAUCCUAAGUGCCCAGCACCAUCAACAGCCAACACCAAUCGUGCUGAACUGAGAAGAAGCGAGCAACCCCUGCCUGAGUGUCCAAGUCCAGGAGCAGCAGCAGCGCCCUCCAUGGGAACCCAGUGCAUCCCAGCCCCAGAGCACACACUCCAUAGCAAGCACAGGUCACAGAGCAGCCCUGUGGUUCUUGCAUCCCUGAGAGCACAGCCCAGAGGGGCCACCCCGGGGUCAUCAGUGAAUGCGUCUAGAGAACCCUGCGGGCUGCAUCAGGGCCCCAGUCCCUGAGGAGUGUCAUUUAUGGAAGAGUCCACUUCCUUCCGAGCACGGUCCUCCUGAGGGUGAAGGCUCCUGACACCACUUGUGUCUCUGUGGUUCUCAGAGAGGCCCAGGGAUGAGAGGAGGAGCCAGGAGCUGCCCUUCACCCGCAGGUUGGAACUGUGCUUCCUGUGGCCGACAGUGGGACAGAGACCAGCCCAGCCAAGUGAAGCCACCUGUGUGGGCGGGGGGAAGGUGGCAGUCUGGGCCCUGCCCCUGCUCAGGACCCAGAGCUCCUUCCUGCAGUGACUCACAGAUCAGGGAGCAAGAGGGUCCUCGGGGGCAGAGGCCACGGCCAGCCGUGAAGAUGCCCACUGGGUGCCAGGAGGAAUGCUGAGGGGACACCAAAGACAAUAAAGGCAUCUGGGGAGG